AUUGUACCCGUGGCACCGCGAGAGUGCCAUCGCCACUCCGACAGUCCGACCACACCACCCCCGGCUCGCACGCCCGUACACAACUUCUGUCUGCUCGCCUCAGUCGCGUUUUGUCGUCGCUGAACAGUGCACGGACCGUCGCCUUUCUUUCUCCACAUCAAAAAACACUUGAUUUAUAAACAAUGGCGUGCUCAGUAGAUGCCCCCUCCCUCAAGGACCUGCCCAAGGUAGCCAACGACCUGAAGAGUCAGUUGGAAGGCUUCAACCAGAGCUGCCUGCGUGACGUAGACACUAAUGAGAAGAUUGUGCUGCCAUCUGCCGAAGACGUAGCGCAAGAAAAGCAACACAACGCGCUACUUCAAGGCGUAGAACAAUUUCAACCAUCCUCCCUCAGGAAAACGGAGACGGUGGAAAAAAAUGUGCUUCCGAACGCACUAGAUGUUGCCACUGAAAAAACUCAAAAGUCCCUGUUCGAUGGCAUUGAAAAGUUCGAUGCUACCAGGUUGAAGCACACAGAAACACAGGAAAAGAACCCUCUUCCUGACAAAGAUGUUGUUGCCGCGGAGAAACAGCACCAGAAUCUAUUGGACGGCGUUGAACACUUCGACAAGACCCAGAUGAAGCAUACCACGACAGAAGAAAAGAACCCAUUACCGCCUAUUGAAGCUAUUGAGGCGGAGAAGGAGAAGAACAAAUUCUUGAACGGCAUUGAGAACUUCGACCCUACCAAGCUGAAGCACACUGAGACGUGCGAGAAGAACCCUCUCCCCACCAAGGACGUCAUCGAGCAGGAGAAAACAGCCUGAACAUCCUCAUUAAAUAACCACUUGCAACUAUAUCUCGCUAGUAUCGCCCGUAUUUUAAACUCGAUGUAAGUCAUAGGCCUGUUUGCGGCGUCCGUUUUAACAAGUCUUUAUUUUAUCUAAUGACAGGUUCGAUUAGACUUAGAAUGGACUUUGUAAACUGGUCCUUAUCAUUAGUUUAUAGGAACCAAAUUUUCUAUGUCACUUUUUAACGGUAUAUGUAUAUUUAAUAAGCGUAUUUUACGAGCAUUUUAUAAUUUAAUUUAUAUUGAAAAGAGUAUUAUGUAUGAAUGUCUAGUACUGAUUUAUUUAAGUCGGGAACACACUGCACUCCAAUAUUGUUUAAUUCAGUUUCAUUCUGUGCUUGUGUUCUCCCUUAGGUUGAAUUAUGCAUCUGCGCGUGUGUGACGCUCUGGUCAAUAAAUUAGGAGUGUAGUUACCAAAUUUCAUUUGGAUCUAAAUUUUUAAACAUUAUUUCUGCGUUGAUAUGGUAUUUUUGCAUUGUAUUAACUUAGAAAUAUAGUAAUAAUAAUAAUAUAAUCAUCGAAUGUAGUACUGUAACAAUAUUACUUGCUCAACCAUUUUGUGGUGUAAGUGUUUGGUCUAAAUCCAAAAGAAAAGCAAUAGUUUGUCUAAGCAAUGAUGUCAACAGUCAUAAUUUUUAUAUCAUAUACAAUAAUUAAUCAAACAUUUUUCCAUUUUUAUAAUAAUGCUGUCAAUGCCAAUAAACCAUUUUUACCGGAAUUUUGUAUGUUUUACAGACGGUGCUUUUUAUAAAUAUAGAAUAAAAGUA